GUUUUUCCCGUCCGUCCCCUCCCUGCGCCGCGCCCUCUGUUCCCCCGCCCUGUCCACUCAACAUCCGUUUCUUUUUGCUCCUCCUCGUCGUUUCCUUCUUUCCGUAGCGGCGGCCCUCAUCCGUAGUACCCCCCCCCCCCCCGCUCGCCGCGAUAACAAGGAUGGCCGCUGCAGCGCCCCCCGGCGCGAGGCGGCCGACCUGCAGAGGCGAGUUGCCCGCCGGUCCCGACGGACCAAGGCAGGGCGGCGCCCGGUCCCGGCAGUGGGCGAAGAGGGCCGUAUUCCCCAAGAUCAACCAGGCCAUCAUCGCAGCCGCAGAGCACGAUCUACCCACCACGAUCGCGGUCGUCGAGCCCCUGAUCCCGCAGAUGAACCUGGUCAACAUCUCCACGGCGCUGCACAGACUGGCACGGCUGUCCAGCAGCAGCCCGGAAUCAUUGCACCAGCUCCGCGGGCACCCCGUGAUGCCUGCACUGCUGGCCGCGGCGGCCAUGGCUCUGGACAGGACGCGGGACACGGGCGCACAGCCGAAGACUCAGGUCUUGAGCAACGUCACCUGGGCCAUGGCGACAAUGCAGACCCUUGACCUUCAUCUGUUGACCAAGGUGGUUGCACUGUCCGAGGAGGUAACGUCCCUCUUCAAGGCCUUCGAGCUCUCCGGCUUGCUGUGGGGACUCGCGACGCUGGGAGGCCUCGAGCCUGAGGUGCUGAGACUGGCGGAGCCCAUUUUCGCCCGCGCCUCUGGCCAGGUGUCCGGGGACUUCAGCUUCAGGUGCCUGGUGAUGACGUCCUGGGCUUACGCUGCUGCGGGGUGGAGGGACGCAGGCCUCUUUCAGCGCCUCGGCGACCUGAUGCUGCCAGGCCUGCGGUCGGCCAGCGGGCCCGAGCUGCAGAGCAUCUCGUGGGCCUUUGCGGCCGCUGGCGUCCACCACGGCGCGGUGCUGUCCCAAGUCCGGUGGCGGCUCGGCGGUGGCGGCGUGGGUGCCGCGGACGGCGGCGGCGCCACCGCUCCGCGGGCCACCCCACGGGAGGCCGCCCGGGCUCGGCGGUGCCCCGCCGAUCGAGGGGGCGCGCCCGCGAGGGCUCGGGCCCUCCACCGACCUGAGGCCGCGGAGGACACCCCCGCGUGCCCCGAGGACGCCGCCGCGACGGCGCAGCCCGGCUCGUGCGCCGAGGCCGCCGCGGCCGCGACGGAGCGGGAGCCCCCGGCGGGCGGCCGGGUUCAGCAGGCUGCUGGGACGGGCUGGGUGUGCACUGUCAAGAACACCUUCGUCGACGUCAGCGACGGCAGUACCUCCAGUGACGAGUCGGAGGACGAGGCCCCGCUGGGGCCGUCGCUGGACUGCAUCCCGCAGGGCAUCAUCGAUCCCGACGAGCUCACUGCCUACCGCACGUCCUACCAGAAGUUCCGCUCUGGGAAGUGCCGCGGCGCCAAGGGGGAGGUGUCACACCUGGGGGCGAGGGCCUGAGACUGCCCAGCGGCGGCCGCCGCUGGCCCCUCUCGCUCGGGGGGGUCGACGGAGUGGCGCAGGAGCAUCCCACGCAGCGGUCGGGGAAAACCGGGCAGACUUCUCACGUCUCUCAACCUGGCUGAGCUGCCUGGGCAAGAGCCCGCUUCGAGGAGAUACAGAUGCUCUUUCUGGCGGGUUGCGCAAUCUUAUUCGACAUCACACCAGGGAGGAACCUCAAUCAGUGGUCUUCCUGCGAUAUUUGAAUCCCAUCCACGCCCUCCCUCUCUCUCUAUAUCUCUCUCGCUCUCAGUCUCUCUUCCUGGCUGUUAAAUUCAUGCAGUUGCCCGCGGCAAGUCCCGCCACCGUGCCAGCCCAGCAUGCUCGGCGGCUCUCUUUCGCGGGAGCAGCGGAGGCCGUGCUUGCGAGGGAUGACGUCAUGAUAACGAUGGCGA